AUUGUACUAUUUACAAAUUUGUACCCUACCUAGUUCCAUUACUACCAAAUUCUUAUUUUUGUAUAUUUUCGGUUAAAAUAAGUCAUUUGCGGAUAUUUAUGGUGGUACCGAGGCUCUAGCCACUCAAUUUGAAUACAAAAUUCAGUUUAAAAUUUUGUACUAACUAAACAACCUUGUUCCUGGGAUUUACCCCAACAUUUAACUUCUCACUGGAUUACUUCAAAAUUACACCCUCCCAAAGGAUUCAAUAAUCCAAAUAUAUCCUGAUGUUGGCCUUAAAAACCAAACAAUUCCUCAUGUCAGCAAUUCUGCUCGGGUUAUCCAGGAGGGUGUUCACAAUGUCAGGUGAAACUUGUCAAAAAAACCAAACCUCCCAACAUUCCGCAGUCUAUGUUACUGCCCCAACCGAAGAAGUGGCAAAAAAAAUUGCUCACGGCUUGGUAAAAGAAAAAUUGGCGGCCUGUGCCAAUAUAAUCCCAAAAAUCACCUCGAUUUACGAAUGGGAGAAUAAAAUCAAUGAGGAUUCCGAGGUGCUCAUGAUGAUCAAGACUAGGGCCUCGGCGUUGGAUGAACUCACUAAAUACGUCAAGGAAAAUCAUCCUUAUCAGGUUUGUGAGGUUAUCGCUGUGCCUAUAGUUCAUGGGAACGAGGCAUAUUUGAAAUGGAUCGAUGAGGUGGUACCCUUGAAUUAAGUUCUUUGCGGUUUUUUGAAUUGGUUUGAAAGGGUCUUUUUAUUGUUUAAUUAAAUUUAAAAGAGUUGUUUAUAUUAAUUUUGCCAAUAAAACUUAAGUCCAAAAGCAAGAAA